AUGUUCACUAGCAACGAUUCUGAGAUAGACGCUAUGUCAGCUCCAACUAUUCAUACAGACCUCUUGACCACACCCAAAGUCAAUCGUCCUCACAAGAGGCGCCGUUCGCGGGAACUACCACAAUCAGAGCGACCUGCUCUCCGCCCUCACGCCGACUCAUCAAACGGACAGAUCUCUCUAGCACCGAAGCGAGACGAAAAGCGAUACUUGAACGAUACCGCCGACAAACAAAAGGAGAGCGGAGUCCAUAAAGCUAAACGCCAGCGCACCUCUGGCGUAUACGACUCUGCUAGCAACAACGAGAUACGUCGCCCGCCAGAUCAGGAAGAAACGCGACAGCAACCGAAGCAAACCACAGGGUGGUCUAGCACUGAUACCAUUGUACCCAGACGAGAUCAACGCGUAGACAUUGUUACCUUGCAACCCGUGAUCUUCGGCGUUGCAUCUUCUCCGCCAAAUGCUUUGCGAUCAUUCAAGCUCAAUGGACACCUCACACCCACACAAAGCUCUCUCGUACCUCAAAAUCCUGCGUCUCCGCCUUUCACUUCCUACAAAUCUCUCGAAGGCGGCUUCGCUAGCCUACUAGAUGACAACGAAAGUGUCCUAAAGAACUUUGUAAAAACCAAGGAGGAACUUUUCAGGAAGCCUGCUGCAGGUGACGUCAAGCAAACUCUAGCGCAUAAUCCGCGUCGCAAGAAGGCCUUUGAUGUCUGGAAAGACGUAUCACUGUCGUCUGAUAUGAUUAAACCAAUAUCCAAAGCUCCAGAUCUGCUGACUGAUGUCGUUGGUACCCAAAUAUGUGAGGCAAGGUUGAGAAAAAAGCCAUGGGAGAUCGGUCAGGAGCCCGGUGCUAUAGUGAGAAGACGGUGCAAGAGAAUGCGAGUAGAGGAGGGAGAACACUAUCAUCCCAACGUCAAGAACUUCAGAUUUUCAUGCAAGCGAAAAGCUGAAGAUGAUCUUCGAGAAGGCAGUUCCAAGAGGGUAAAGAUGCUAGGCGAUCAGCCUUUUCCUUUAGUAGGGAAUGGUGAGAGUCAAUCUUCGCCAGUCCAGGAAUUUACUUCUAAGUAUUUCACUGAGGUCGCAAAACCGCUACCUUCGGAGAAUCUAAAGGAAUUACCCGAUGCAGUAGCGUCAGAUCAGAAAGAUCCCCUGGGUUGCAAAGACAUAUACAGUCUGGCCAAAGCGCAACAAAUGCCAGUUGCUGAAUCGGAACCUAUACUCAACGACAAGUCUUAUCUUCCCGAGAUCGACAACGAGACCUCUACCAGGCAGCCUCAGACAUCCGAAGACGAUGGGAAGGUCUUCACACUCGCAAGAUCUUCAUCUCCAGGCCUGCAAUAUACAGCCGAUGAGCCAUCGCAAUGCGAGGAAUCUUUUACAGACGAUGAGGCGGCAUUCAGGGAUCUCAACAAUCACAGAGCGCCGUCACCAGCUGCUGGAGGUGUUGUUGCAUCUGGAGCGGCUUCAACAAUCGUGCCCACAGUUCCAUCAUGGAUUGUUGAGGGUUCGCAAUACUCCAUCGGGAUAGACGUAGCCUAUAGCGAAGGUUAUGAUACUGAAUACCCCAGGAACUACGAGCACUAUCUUGCCCAGUUCACCGCUCGGCCUGCAUUUCCUCGAGCAAAGGAGUAUGAGUAUUCCCCAAUGCCAGAGAUGUUGGAUGUUGAGAUAAUAAACCGGCGGUUGAACUGGGUGGUUCCUGACAAUGGCGAAGCUCCCCGGCUUCUAAGAGGAUUGCCAGUACCUCCAUUCCACAUCGAUUCGGAACUGGCUCGUUGUGUCCGUUUUGCGCAGUCAGAUUCACAAAAACGCGUUGAUUGGCGAAUUCACCCCAACCACGUUGCUGAGAUAAUUCAGCGUACCAACUUUUACGGAAUGGAGUUGUUGAUCAGCCGGGGGUUUAUGCGCAUAUCGUGCCCUCCAACCAUAGAUGAGUUUGAGCUAGCUAUGGCAACUCGGCUUGCACAUGCGUCCUUUGGGAAAGAUCCAGUCGCCUACAUUGCGGGCGAUGUGCGAGCCUUGGCAGAGUACCUGGUAGAAGAUAUUCCUUCAGCAAUGAGUCUUAUCCCGAAAGAAGAAAAAGACCACUUCAGCGAUUUUAGCAAGUUUUAUAGAGUGAAACUCGCGGAGAAAUACCCUCCUCUCGAUGCUGUCAGUCUAGCGACAUGGCGUUUACUACUGAAAGGUGAGCUGGGCCAACCUUCACUCAAGGCACAAAGCCUACGAUACGUCAUCGACUCUAUCGAACAGCAAACCACUCAAGCCCUGAGUGACGGAAAGGAUUUACAGUCUCUGGUAGACGAAACAUCUGUUGAAGACGUUCAACCAAAGAACGAAGAUGUAACCAGCCGCGAUUCAUGUGGCGGCUCAGAUCAUGGUAUGAACGGUGGAAAUCUCGAAGAUGGUUUUGGCUGGGCCAUCGGUAAGCGCAACGCGGAUAUCUGGAGCCUAGACUGCAUCCAAGCGUGGGAAGACUUCACAACGAGCCCAGAUUAUCAGUCGGAUAACCAAGGAGCUGUUGGAAGUUUUCCUGGUCUCAUCUACGACAGCGUGGCUGAAGGAACCCUCCAUUCGAUGGCGGACUUGUACUCGUCGCAUACGUUCUGGUCUGAUCAGAAUUCGAAUGUCCCAUGGAACUCUGCGCAAGACGUCAGCGCAUUAAGCAUAGACGAUAUUUCAUCUGUGGCUCCCACUGUGGAGUCAUUCUAUCGUCAGAAGACUGGAACCCCGUUCGACGACGGGAUAGAGACGAACGAAUGGCUGUGA